ACCUUGUUUGUCUGCCUUCCCUCCUUCCUGUGGGUGAAAGAAACUCUUGUUCUGGUCCACGUUCAUCUGUGACAUUCUUCAGUCCAAGCUGAGACCAGCACUCAUCCUGCAGACAUGAAGUGUGUGAUGCUGUGUGUUCUUCUGACUGGGGUCUUGGGGGCCCCCUUCAUGAAAGAAGAGCAGGCAAAGGGGUUCAUCCGGCUGAAAAGACAGUCAGGAUACUGGGACCCCCACAGUUCCCAGAACCAGUGGGGUUACACCAUCCAGGAGCAGGCCAACGAGUACUGGACCGCGCUGAGAACUGACGCCCAGUUCUACAUGGACAUGGGCAACCUGAUGUUUGACCGCUCCGUGGCCGAUGAGAACAACAGGCUGUACGCGGAGAUGUUGCGCAACGCCCGAGCUCACUUGGACAGCCAGACAGGAGGACGCAAGUAGAAGAUGGCAGACAAACGUGAUUAUUGUCAUUAGGAAUAUAAUUGCACAGAAUGAUGUUCAACAUGCUCUGCACUUUGUGUUCUUUCUCUGUUCCUGGCAAUCACAUGAUGUUUGUGUUUGCACAUCACACAUACAAUAGUCUUGUGUCGAGAUGGAGUGUGUAAUAAACACAAUGAUAU